UAGAGUGGGGGAAAAUCGCGUGGUGAGAAGAGUUACGUUAGAAUGUGCUGGGUUGGGGGUGACGCUGGACAUAAAUAAGCUCAAACAAAAUGCCACACUUUGUUAACUUGAACAAAGCUCAGACCCAAACCUUUCUUUUGCUCUUCAUCCAUUCCACACCAAAAAGUAACAGUUUCAGUUUCGGAGGGAAACACAACACAAAAAGCCCCCUCCCCCCAAAGCAAAUCACCUUUUUUUCUUUCAGUUAUUCAAAAAAUGUUCGCCGAAGAGAAUGGACUCAAGGGAGACCCUAGACUCCAAGCCAUUUCCCAAGCCAUCAGAGUCGUCCCUCACUUCCCCAUACAUGGAAUAAUGUUUCAAGACAUAACGACAUUGUUGUUGGAUCACAAGGCGUUUAAAGACACUGUCGACAUUUUUGUCGAUCGUUACAGAGACACGCACAUUUCCGUUGUUGCCGGAAUUGAGGCUAGGGGGUUCAUGUUUGGUCCCUCAAUUGCGUUGGGCAUUGGUGCAAAGUUUGUUCCUUUACGCAAACCACGGAAGCUGCCAGGUGAAGUAAUUUCAGAAAAAUAUGCUCUAGAAUAUGGAACUGAUUGCUUGGAGUUGCAUGUUGGUGCUGUCCAGCCCGGUGAACGGGCCAUAAUCAUUGAUGACUUGGUGGCCACAGGUGGAACAAUGUCAGCAGGAGUAAAACUUCUAGAACGUGUUGGUGCUGAAGUGGUGGAAUGUGCCUGUGUCAUUGGUGUGCCUGAUGUCAAGGGGCAGUGCAGGCGUAUUGGAAAGCCACUUUAUGUUCUUGUUGAGCCGCGUAAAGCAGAUAAAUGUUACCCAGAUUGACAUACUAAAGGACGCUGGGUGUGAGAAACACAGGCCAUAAUGUGAUCCUUAAGUUUUAGGCUGAUGGAGUCGUGUUCAUGGCAAUUGUCAAAUAUCAUCCUGGGAAAUGUUCAUCCUGUUUCAUAUCUUUAUCUUCUUUGUACAUGUUAGCCAUCAUGUUAUGUGGCCAGCAGUUUAGAACAAUAACAAUCAUUAAAGAAGGGAUGGAUUUUAUGGCAUUUUAUAAAAUGUCAAUUUAAAGGUCACAUUUCUUCAA